AUGAGCGCGCCAUAAAGUUUCGGAGCUCUUCAGGCGCUAGGCAAGCUAGCACUAUUAGAUACCAUUGGCUUCGACGACCACCGACUGCUGGAACUAUCUUCUUGCAGUCGGUAACCAAUUCCACGCAAUUUGAGCUCUCUCAUCCUCGCGACCAUUCGCAACGGCUGGAGCUUGCUGAUUGGGUCUGCCUGUUGGGCUAUUUGCUCGUAGCUUCUUCCAAUGGAUUCAAAUGAUGACUCCCAAACUACGCAGCAAGCAACUCAGAACGCCCUCGACCCGCGUCGCCUAGGGAAGCAGAACUCGGGCUUCUCCGACGAAGACAUCGCCGACAUCGUGUGCCUCCUAUACCCCAACACCGAGAAUGCCAGCCGAGAAGUGCAGAGAAUUGCGAAUGAGACCGAAUACAGCCCCCACAUAACCGGCAGGUACACGGCAGAUGCCAUCGACGCCGACUUGUAUCUGGAGGAUGGCGCGCGCGAAUUCGGCCGUACUCGCGGCAUGGGAGACCACGCUAUCGUGCUCAAGCUUUCCUCGACAGCGAAGAGCCCGCAGCUUGGCUUCACCUUCGGUCGGAACGCCUCGCGAUGCGACAUCUGCUUCUUGAACGACCCUCUUAGGCGACUGAGCAACAUUCACUUUCGCAUCUAUGUGAACAAGUACGGUGUUGUCAUGCUCGAGGAUCAGUCAACCAACGGCACAAUUGUUGACGAUGUCUUGUUGAAAAAGAAAGAUAGUAAGACUGGCGCCAACAAACGGAUGCUCGAAAGUGGUUCAACCAUCAAAAUAUUCAUGCACGAGAACGCGCAGGAUCUUACUUUUAUUGUCCGAAUUCCCCGCCGCGAUGGAGACCUCCAGCAGGCUUACCUGAGAAACUUAAGAAGGUAUUUGCGACUAUUCCAGAAGGAAGAGGUUUCGCUGGAUCGCACCAUUGGCCCAGGGCCGAGUGGCCAUGUCAAUUUAUUCCCGCCUCCAUUCCAGAAGAACGGUCCCACCGGUCCCAUGGACGACAUCAUACAGGACAAUGCUGAACGUCUCCCACGUGAAUGGCGCGGUGGUGAGAAGUACAACCGCGUAGGAGUGAUUGGUAAAGGUGCGUUUGCGACUGUGUACAAAGUGGCAUCGAAAUACGACGGCCUGCCCUACGCGGCAAAGGAGCUUGACAAACGAAAAUUCAUGAAGAACGGCGUCCUUGACCAGAAGGUCGAAAAUGAGAUGAAGAUCAUGCAGGCGGUCCAGCACAAAAAUAUCGUGCAGUACAUCGAGCAUUUUGACUGGGAUCUCCAUCAGUUCAUAAUCAUCAUGGAGUACGUCCCGGAAGGUGACCUGGGCAAGCUGGUCCAGGAUCACGGGGCAAUCAAGGAACCUUUUGUCAAAGUGAUGGCCAGACAGCUGAUUGAUGCCUUGGGAUACCUUCACGACAACAAGAUUACCCAUCGCGAUGUCAAGCCAGACAACAUCCUCAUCGAGUCGACGAGGCCCGAUUUUGUUGUCAAGCUGACUGAUUUUGGGCUGUCCAAGAUGAUUGACACCGAGCAAACCUUCCUGAAAACCUUCUGUGGCACCUUACUUUACUGCGCUCCAGAGGUUUAUUCUGAGUAUAGCACUUACGAUGAGCAUGGCCGAAGGGUCCGCCAACGAGCUCCAAGGGCCACGAGGGAACGAUAUGACCAUGCAGUGGAUGUGUGGUCUCUGGGUGGGGUGCUUUUUUAUGCCCUCACUGGCUGCCCGCCGUUCCCUGUUAAGAAUGGGAUCAGCUAUACGGAGCUAUUGCACCACAUCAUGACCAAGCCCCUCAACACGAUGCCUCUGAUGGAAAAUGAGGUAUCCAACGAGGGAAUCGACUUCCUAUUGUGUAUGAUUGACCGACGUCCUGAGACGCGGGCAACAAUAGCAGAGCUGCAAGUACACCCAUGGCUAAGCGAACCGGAAAUUGUCAACGCCGCCAAAUCCCCUGACGUGAUAUCCGACGACGAUGGGCUGGAGCAGGGUGCUUCUCAACUGAGCUUGACGGACAGGCAGCACGGGCUUGCUGAUGGCGGAGUAAGCGAGUUGUUGGAGCCGGAGCCAGACUUCUCCAUCGAAUAUGAGGAUGAUAAGGAGAACUACACUUUCAACCAGCCUCAAGAAAAUCGCUUAUGGGGAGAGGUCUCAGCCAUCGGCAGCUCUGGCGCAGUCCCCGAAGACCGCCUCAACUUGCCCAUGUCAACAUCAAUUUUCGAAGAAACUAAGAUACUGGAGCCUGAAAUUCUCGACAGUUUCGAGUCCGAGGAAAUGGAAACUCCGAAACAAAAACGCCAACAGCCCCGCGGCCUUCUUGGGUCUAGCAACUCAAGGUCCCGCGACAACUCACGGAGCGUCGCGAGUGAGUUUGGAUCGCAAAGCCUCGGAGGAGCCGAGUCCAUUAUGGAGAACCUUAACAUGAAGUCCUUGGCUCGCACGGAAUCCGAAUACCUUCGAUCUAGAAUCAGCGAUGUGAACACCAGCAAGCGUGUUCGUGCGGCGUACGACACAAGUGACGAGUUUGACGGCUCGUCUGGGUCAAAUCCCAUGCCGUUCAUCAAGCGGCUUAAAUCCAAAGGAGGCGAGGAUGCCCUGUCAGAUGACGAAGAACAAAACAGCUUGCAUGCAAGCGUGCCUCAAAUUGCCAAGAGUGACUCGGGUCGGCAGAUCGACUAUCCUGUGCACAAAACAACAUUCUGGGAUGGGCGCGACAAGCAGACAUGGCAUCUUGACUACCCUGAAAUGACCCAUCUUCAGUAUACUGCAUUCGUUAGGGCGGCGGAGAAGAGGGGCGAAGAAUUCAGUCCUGGCAAGUCACCACUGUGGGACCUCGCCAUGAAAUACUUCCCACCAACACAGAAAACCAACCUGGUAUCCGACACGAUCACUGAAACCCGCCAACCUUUUCUUCGUCGAGAUAGUCGUUCUGUUGGAGAGAAUGAUGGUUGGGAUCUGCCACCAACCGCGCCUCCUCCAGUUAUGGAUGACGCGGAGUCGAUCCCGGACACUUUACCGCCAGAGAGCCAAAUAUCCGGACCACCGGCAUCGUCACUUCCCAAGACGGUGGUAGCACGCUUCACGUCUGAUCCCGGAUCUGUGGUUUCUGGAAUCUCUAUUCCCGUGACAGACCCUAUUCUCGCAUGGGGCCGGGAGCGUGAUAAUACCAUUAGAUAUAUGCAUGGCUCAGAAAGCAGAGUGCCCAAGUAUGCAUUCAGAAUCUUGUUGUGGAAGGAUGGAUACGCCGCAUCGACGAAUGACUUCCGUCCUUGGGACCCCCCAGCAGUGGGAAGCACAACCUUGCGUGCAUCCCCAGAACCAGACUCGUUCUCGUUCUACAUAUCUACGAAAGCUACAAAUGGCAUACGCAUCAACAACAACCCCCUGCAACCAAAUGAGCCGAAGAACAACAGAGCACCAGCCAAAUACUGGAUGAAACUACACCAUGGUGACACCGUCGUUGUUUGGGGUACCGACGACGUCAAGAAUCAAGCCAAGCUGACAUUUGAAUGCUUCUGGGGAGGAUCGACCGUCGAAAGACAGCCAGAUGAACCGCCAACCUGCGUGUCCGAGCUCAUCGCACGCAAACUGGACGCCACAUGGACGAGAGCGGAAAAGAACCUUCACCAUGACAGAAUUAAGGCAGAGGCGGCACAAGAUCAACAAUGCCGGAUGAAGCACAUGGCCCGAGAACAGGAGAGGAGCAAGGUGUUCGAGCAGAAGCGUGUCGAGGCAAUCAGGCGCCUUGCUCUGCGCACUAAUAGGCAAAAACCGUCGGCGAUUAUCCCGCCCGUUAUGGCGAGGGCAGUGUCCAGGCUUAGGCAACCCAGCCCAGCGAGGUACGUACAGACUAAUGACUGAUUAAUGCGCUGUACAUCGGCAUUUGCUACGAACACGCCACUGCUAUGACAUUUUCAUUUCUUUAUUUUUUUUUUUUUGGGGGGGGGG